CGGCAGCUGUCCUGUACAGUAGCGCAGUGAGAGCGGGAUUGUGGGAUCAUCACAUUCAGCAGCAGCAGCGCCGACAGAGGAAAAACAUGGCGGCUGCCGAAUGUGCAGCAAACGAUUUGCGGAAGUGAGGUGCCCACAUUCUGCUGCUGAGGAGAGAGCACCACGAUGAGGAAACCGUAGGCACCCACCAUAGUAUGGCCGCGUCCCGCCCUUCGCGCGUCACAAGAUCAUCAGUGGGGAUAAAUGGAUUGGAUGAGAACUUUUGUGGUCGAACCCUCAGGAAUCGCAGCAUCGCCCAGCCGGAUGAGUGCUCUCCACCUCCUGCGCCUAGAGCCCGCUCGCCCAAGAAGAAGCAGGACUGUCAGCAGCACCAGGCCAGAGCACAGGUCGGAAAGGUAGCUGAGAGCAAGGCGGAGAGUGAGCCCUUGCCUGCCUAUGGAAAACGGGGCUUGCCCAGCUCCGAGAAAGAUGAUUUGGAGAAAUCUGACAGCUGCGAGCGACCAAGGGCAGGGGGUGGGCCGGAGGCCUCCCCCGCCCUGAAGAGGGCCAAACGCUGCCCUCGCUCAGGUGAAUUGCUGGGGGUAGAGGAAGAACCUCCUUUCAAGCCGGACAGCCCUGAUACUGCUGCACCAAAAGAAAAUGAUGAGGACCCCAAAUCAGACUUGUCCUCGGUCUCUCCGCUCAGCCUCGACAAAGAGGCGGAGCAGAAAGAGGACAGCCCGGCAGAGGGGAACGUUCCUCCACUGCAGGCCAGCGAGAAUGUCAAGGCCACUAAUGGCCUUGCUGAUCUCCAAAAGGAGGACUCAAAAGUUGCAGCCUUACCUGCAGAGCCCUGUGCCUCCCCAGCCAUGCUCAACAACAGUUCCUCACUGUUAAACGGCAGUCAGGCUGUGCCCUCAUCCCCCGACCCCAUUGUGCCUUGUAGAUCCCCUCAUCCCAAGCAAGCCAAUGAGUCUGACAGCCCUCAGAUUGACUUUGAGAGGAACAGCAUGCUGGAGGAAGCUGCCGAGGCCGUGCUGUCCCGGGAACCAGAGAUGGAGGUUGAGGUGGAUGUAGUGGGGGACCACGGCCAGGCCCAGGAAGAGCUGGCUAGGGAGGAAAGUACCAAUGGCAGUUUUGCGACAGAGCUGCAGGACCCUUCUGACGACUGCUCAAAUAUCUCAGGAGAAACAGUGGCGCUGGCUUCCUCCCAGCUGCCCUUGGAGCCCCCCUCUUUUACAGAGCCUCAAGAACACAGGUACACCCUGAGGACUUCACCACGCCGUGCUGCCUGCGGUAGUGGGCCCAAAACCAGCUCCCCCAAACCUAGUUCCCCACACAUAGACAAUGGUUCAUUGAAGGAGGAGGCCAUGCCGGUUCCUCUCUCUUCAGAGGACGCCAGCCAUAAAGACCCUCCCUAUGACACACUGGGGCUUUCUAGUGAGGCAGACAGUGAACUCUCAGUGAAAGCAGGGGUCAGUGGAGAGGUGGAGGUUUCAGAUAGUAGAGCGUCCAGGUCCACCAAAGAGCUUUUGGAGGAUGAAGAGGAAGAGGAGGAUCCAGAUGUCUACUAUUUUGAGUCUGAUCACUUGGCUCUAAAACACAACAAAGAUUAUCAGAGGUUGCUCCAGACCAUCAGUGUUCUGGAGGCCCAGCGAACCCAAGCCAUCAUGGACCUAGAGAUGCUGGCACGGUGUCAGAAAGAGGCCCUGACCGACCCCAUCACAUUUGUGGACCAGCUACAGAAACAGGUGGAGAUGGGAUUGCCCCGCCCCCAGAGAGUGGUCCAGCUCCCGGACAUUGCAUGGGACCAAUACACCUCGGGCCGCGGCGACUUUGAAAGGGAGUUCUGUGACAAGAAGCACAAAACACGGCAGUUAAAGUUAAUCUUUGACAAAGUAGGGCUGCCUGCUCGACCAAAAAGUCCCGUGGACUCCAAGAAGGAAGGUGACUCUUCAUCCGUGUACUCCUCAACCCUACCGUCAAGUGACGGUCCUGAACACAGCAUGACCAGUAGCAGAACUCAGAUGAUCAGAGGGCGAUUAUGCAACCAGAGCAAACCUGACACCUUUAACCAGCUGUGGACCGUUGAGGAGCAGAAAAAGCUAGAACAGCUGCUUUUGAAGUUCCCGCCAGAAGAGGUCGAGACUAAACGCUGGCAGAAGAUUGCAGAUGAACUUGGCAACAGGACUGCCAAACAGGUUGCUAGCAGGGUACAGAAAUACUUCAUCAAAUUGACAAAAGCUGGUAUUCCAGUACCAGGCAGAACGCCCAAUGUGUGCAUGUACAGCAAAAAGGCCUCCAGUAAGCGGCAGCACCACCUCAAUAAACACUUGUACAGGCCAUCGACGUUCCUCACCUCAUACGAGCCGCCUGUCUACAUGGAUGAUGAGGACGAACGUUCUCACUUUUUCAACAGCCUGCAAGAUAACGGUGCAGAUGAUUCGGAUGAGGACAGUGUACCAGAGGAGCUGAGGCACCUGCCAGAGUACAAGGAGCUACUGGAGCUAAAGAAACUCAAGAAACAGAAACUACAGGAGAUCCAGGCCGAGAGCGCUCUCACACAGCACGUCGGCUAUAAGUGUGAUGUGUGUGGCAUGGAGCCCAUUCAGGGUGUUCGGUGGCACUGCCAGGACUGCCCACAGGACCAUGCCGUGGACUUCUGCAGUACCUGCUCUGACUGUCUGUUUAAAACAGAGACCCACAAGCCCACACACAGAAUGGAGCCAGUCUACCAGGCCGAAACCUUUCUGGACAAAGACUACUGCUUACCGCAGAGCACAGGCUACAACUACCUGGACCCCAACUACUUCCCUGCCAACAGAUGACAGGGACGAGCUCCAGAGCUAAUAUCCAGGGCUGGGCCGCAGCCCCCAGGGCAUUCUGUGCAUGGCUCCAUCAUCCAAGUCAAAGAAAUGCUUACAUCUGGGCGAGAGGGUACCACAGAUGGGCCGCACCUUGCCCCGACCCACUGCUGAAUUGGGGGUGGGGGAGGGUUUUUGGGAGGGAGGGGGCAACACCUUGCCGUGGUUGUCAAACCAGGUCUCCUCAAAUAACACACUAUCUCAAAGGAAAGAGGAAAGAAAGGCACACCGACAUUCCCAAACCCAGGACAUUUAGAAGGCAACUCGACUCCUCCCUUUGUUCUGCUAUUUGAGUGACAGAUGUCUGCAAAGCUUCUCUCCGAGGAGCACUUGAACAAGCCGUCGAACCUCUGCGACUGCGGCUUCAUCAGUGGCGGGGGUGGGGUUGCGUUAAAGAGCAAAGUGUCGUCUGUAGUUGAAAUAUUUAUAAGUGAAGCUUUGUGUGUGAGCUCAAAGUAGAAGGAAAGGGACUUGGUGCUGAGACUGUUGUCUUUGAUUCAUACCAGGUUUUUAACCAAUUUGAGGAGGUUUGCUCACAAUUCACAUGUUCAAAUCCCAUACGUGUCUCUUGCCAUGGGCUACCACUUUCACUAGAAGCUGCUCUUUGUUUCCUCUUAUGACCAUUACAUGAUGUUGUCACUUUAUUUACAUUCAAUUUGUUUUUUUAAAUGCUGAAAAAAAAAAAAUCACCCACUCCACGUAACCCAAUAGGUUCCCAAACCUUGAAGCACUACAGCACGGAGAAGACCAGCUGAGAUUCAGAAGGCGUUAUCAUGCUCUCUACGGUCCUAUAGAAUUUUCUUUUCUCAAUGUGUACUGUCGUUGAUCAUGUGGAGUCUACAAAUAUAUGGUGAAAAGUAGCCAGUGGUAGUUGCCGUGUGCAUUUUUUUUUUUUCUGUGCAGUCGAUUUAAGCCUGGCCACUUGUUUUAGAAGAAUAAAAUAAAGAAGUUGUGUCACGUUUGCCCUCUGAAAAACUGCCCAAUCAUCAUCAUCAUCAUCAUCACCUUUAGAUCCCUCUAAUUUUUGCAGUUUUCUCACGGUCCAUGAAAAGAUUGUAUUUUUAUUAAUCUUUUUAAAAAAUUAAAAUAACGGAUGAAAUCGAGUUGGUGGUAGUCACCACACUGGUGCUCCCACAUUAUUUUAUACACAUUUUGUUGUGCUUUGAGUAGACCAUUUUGUAUUGGGUUCUGUUCUGUUCACUUCCCCUCCUUUGACCUGCUUCAAUAUCUGUGUAUAACAGUCUGUUCUUAAAUAAUGUAAAAAAAUAAAAAAAUGUUAGAGAACUGUGGAAAUAAAAGUAUGUGAAAAGUC